AGACAGACAGACAGCUGGUAAGAGGCAGCCUGGGGGACACAGCUGCUUCAGCGAACCUCAUGGCUGAGUGAGCCUCCCCUGGGCCCUGCACCCCACCCCAGCAUGGUCCAGGACCGUGGGGGGUGCUCCAGAGCACAGCUGCCGACCUGGUCUUUGGGGGCAGCCAUGACCCAGCCUCCACCCACCAAGGCACCGGCCAAGAAGCAUGUGCGGCUGCAGGAGAGGCGGGGCUCCAAUGUUGCUUUGAUGCUGGAUGUGCGGUCCCUGGGGGCUGUGGAACCCAUUUGCUCCGUGAACACACCCCGGGAGGUCACCCUACACUUUCUGCGCACAGCUGGACACCCCAUCACCCGCUGGGCCCUGCAGCACCAGCCACCCAGCCCCAAGCAGCUGGAAGAGGAAUUCUUGAAGAUCCCCUCGAACUUUGUCAACCCCGAAGACCUGGAUAUUCCUGGCCACGCCUCCAAGGACCGAUAUAAGACCAUCUUGCCAAAUCCCCAGAGCCGCGUCUGUCUAGGCCGGGCACAGAGCCAAGAAGACGGAGACUACAUCAACGCCAACUACAUCCGAGGCUACGAUGGGCAGCAGAAGGUCUACAUUGCGACCCAGGGUCCCAUGCCCAACACUGUGUCGGACUUCUGGGAGAUGGUGUGGCAGGAAGAAGUGUCACUCAUUGUCAUGCUCACUCAGCUCCGAGAGGGCAAGGAGAAAUGUGUCCACUACUGGCCCACAGAAGAGGAAACCUACGGACCCUUCCGGCUCCGCAUCCAAGACACAAAAGAGUGUCCAGAGUACACUGUGCGGCAGCUCACCAUCCAGCACCAGAAGGAGUGCCGGGGAGUGAAGCAUGUCCUCUUCUCCGCCUGGCCUGACCACCAGACCCCAGAAUCGGCUGGGCCCCUGCUGCGCCUGGUGGCCGAGGUGGAGGAGAGCCCAGAGACAGCUGCCAACACUGGGCCCAUCGUGGUCCACUGCAGUGCAGGGAUUGGCCGGACUGGCUGCUUCAUCGCCACCCGAAUUGGCUGUCAACAGCUGAAGGCCCGCGGGGAAGUGGACAUUCUGGGCAUUGUGUGCCAACUGAGGCUGGACAGGGGCGGAAUGAUCCAGACCACGGAGCAGUACCAGUUCCUGCAUCACACACUGGCCCUGUAUGCGGCCCAGCUGCCAGAGGAGCCCUGUCCCUGAGCCCUGGCGCCCUCCACCAGCCCCGGGUGCCAAAGUCCCCCAGGCCUGGGCAGGUGAGUCUGGGAAAGUGGGCCUUGUGAUCUGAGAGACCCCUUGGAUGGGCCUGGAGAAGGGGUGCCCCUCAGGGGGCACAUGCAGUCACCGGAAGCUGCAUCAGCAAGGACUGGGACCAGACUCCAGGUCUUUACCACUGGCCAUUCUUCUGCUUCCUCUAGUAGCCCCAAACGGACACUUGGGGGACCUCCCGUGUCUCUCUGACCUUCGAGCUAGGAGCCGGCAUUUAAGACAGAGCUGAGAAAGGAGCCC